GCGUCCUUUGUAUGUAAUUGAACAAUAAAUGUAAUAAUUAAAUUGUAUAACUCGUUAUGUUAUCUCUACGAGUCACCCGAGGGAAACAUAACACCGACAUUCUUAUUGCUGACCCUACAUCCAACAACUAAAGAGAAAGCUGGUGGAAAGCAAAGCUCUGAUGCAUAAGACAGCUACUGUGCUCAAAAUCUAAUAGUAGAAGGAAGUACAAGAAGAUGUAUACCUGGUAUUUAAACCAACGACUCCAAGUUUAUGUGAAAUAUCUCUUCAUAGAUUGUUCCAUAACUGAAGUACGAAAGAAAACUUUUCCUUUUAUAAGUGCAUUAAUAUUUCUGGCACUAUUACCUUUUAUACAAAUCGCCAUUUACCACAAAUUAAUCUGGGUACCAAACAAAAUUCCUGUUAACCGUUCUACCUGCACUUGUUCCUGUUUUGAUACUGUCUUCCGUGGUAGCUAUGAAGACCACAAGAAUAUCAGAUACAAGCACAUCUACUUCAAUUCCACCCUACAGACAUAUGCAGUUUGGAUUAUCACCUUAUUCUUUGUGUUAAUAUCAUAUGAAAGUGUAAAAUACAUAUGCAACUUACUAUUUCCACGAUUGCAUGUCCGCUGGGUGAUGCUCAGUUUGUUUGUCAUAAACAUCUAUCCUCAUUAUUAUUCAUGGUGGUCUUUAUUCAGCUACAUCAACGAGGGCUUCUACUUAUACUUCACCCACCAUACCUACUUCAUAAUUACGGAAUUAAUUGUUUCUGGUUUUGUUCUGAAUAUGUGUGAUUCUCACAACCCUAUCACCUUCAAGAAGAUAUUUUUCAUCCUAUGCAUUUCCUCAAUACAUAUUUUGGUUAAUGGAGCUGACCAGUUUAUUAUUCAAGUCUUUUUUGUACAAGGAAAAGCAUUCCAAAACCUACGAAACAUUGGUUUGAUGAUUCCUGAUUUAGCCCACUUUCUUGUGUGCUGCCAGAAACUCAUAGAGUUACAGCAUUCCAAUGAAUCGCCAGUAUCAGUGCUCAGUUAUAAAGAAGGUGUAGGGUUAGCAUUUCUAUUUAUUUUUGCUGGGACAUUCUUUGGAAAUUUGGUCUGAGAGAUAUAGAGUAUUUGAAACACACACACACAAACACAUGUAUGAAUAUAUGUGUAUAUAUAUAUGUAUAUGAAUAUAUAUGUAUGUGUGUGUGUGUGUGUGCGCGCGCGCGCGUGUGUAUGUACACGGUGAGUAAGAUAUUUGAGAACAAAUUUAUGGCUAUAAAAAAGGGAUAUAUAAUAACACAUAAUAACUUUAUAAAAAAAAAUGUUAUGAGGAUAAAAAUAAACCUUCUUUUCUAUAAUGUCAUUCAAUAAAGCCAACUUCAGUUUCAACAACUGCUUCUAUACAAGAUCUAAAUCAUCCACAUGCUUGAAUCAAAUGGUCCCUGGUUCAUUUUGGACAUUACUCUGACUAUGGCAGCUUUCAAAGAAUCUUUGGUGUUAUGAGCGUGUUCAUUGACUUCUCUCUCAAAAGUGCUCCACAUGUAAUAGUCCAAUGGAUUGAGAUCUUGGGAAUUAGAAGACCAAAUGUUAGGGGUUAUGUGAUCAUGAAAAUUUUCAGCCAUCCAUUCCUGUGUUACUAAAGCCAUGUGUGAUAGUGCAGAGUCUUACUGAAACACAUAUGGCCUUCCAUUGCAUACACGCUCUAUCUAGAGUUUAACAAUUGUUUCCAGGACCUCAAUAUAGGUGACAGAGUUAACUCUAAGGCCUUGUGGAAAGAAGUAAGGAGGCAUCACAUGUCCUUCAUUGCUGACAACCCCUAAAACCAUGACAGUUGCAGAAAAUUUUGUAUGCAUAACACUUGGAACUUCAGAAGGGUCUGCACAUAACCAUCUGUCAUUUCUUCUGUUAACUUUUUGAUCUUGGUCGAAGUUUUUCUUGUUUGAGAAAAACCAAAUCAAAUCUGCUGCUGCAUUCUUCAGUUUGUUUAAGAAGCUUUUAGAUCUGAUGUAGUGGCUUUCUUUUGCUUUUUCUGACAAACUGACCUUUCCUCAUCAUAUAAGACUUAUAUCUGAUAUCUUCAUGGACAACAUUUCUGACUUUUCCUUCUGACACCUGGAGAUCUUUUGCAGUUGACCUCAUAGACUUUCUGGGAUUGUAAUCAAUGGUCUGUUGAACUUGUUGGAUAAAUUCAGGUGUUCUGAUGAUUUCACAGCAUUUAGGAUACUUUUUAUGUUUUGAUAUUGGUAAUAUGUUUCCAUCUUCAGUCUCUAACUCCUUACAAACUAUGUAGAAGAAAGAUCUGGCAACUUUUAACAAUCGAGAUGUUUCUAAAUCACUAUGUUCAGCCUUUAUAACCCCAAUAAGAGCAUGACCCUUCAUUUCUUGACUAAACUGAGUGAGGCUCUGCCAUUAUUAUUUUUUGAAAUAAAGAUUAUACAGAGUUAGUAAAAAAUGCAGCAAUGACCCCAAAAAGAUAUGUCCUCAAAUACUUUACACACUCUGUAUGUGUGUGUGUAUGUGUGUAUGUAUAUAUAUGUGUAGGUAUAUAUAUGUGUAUGUAUAUAUAUAUAUGUGUGUAUAUUUAAAAGCAGCAGAAAUAUAGCAAAAAACUGUUACUUGGAAUUUCACGUUCCCAUUCAUUGGACAGUUUAGUUACUCCGAGUAACAGUCUUUUGUUAUAUUUCUGCUGCUUUUAAAUAAAGC